CAAUGUUAUAGAUUUCUGACCCAUGUCUUCUCCUUCAAGCCACCUUCUGAACAUGGCGACUUGCAGUUCUCCCUCAGCUACAAUGACUACCUGGCCCGGCUUACAGUGGUGGUUCUGAGAGCGCGAGGUUUAAAGCUCCAGAAUGAGAGAAACAGCACUGGGGUGUGUGUCAGAGUGUCACUAAUGAACCACAACCAGCUCAUCAAAAGCAAAAGGACCACAGUAAUCAUUGGAUCCUCCAAUCCAUUAUACAAUGAAACUUUUAGCUUCAAGGUGGAUCAGCUGCAGCUGGACGCAACCAGUCUGAGCUUGUCUGUUAUCCCAGGGGAUGAGACCUCCUCCCUGGGCUGUGUGAUUGUGGGGCCCUUCAUGUACACCCGGGGAAAGGAACUCGAACAUUGGAAUGAGAUGAUCAGUAAACCCAAGGAGCUGGUGAAAAGAUGGCACGCUCUGUCACUUAGCAGCUGAAAACUCUCACAAGAGAGCUUCUGUCUCCGCAGUGGCUCCAUUCUGAUUCAGUUCAUCACAGAAGUUCUGAGUCCCAGGGAUCAAAGACAAGGGACAACCUUUCUCAAAGAGGCUGGAUCACAUGCUAGUAGAUUAUCUCAGAUGACCCACUGAAUGAAAACAAGAAGCCUGUUUGAUCCUUAAACAGAGAAACAUCUGCUGGAUGCCUUGCUACUUUUAUCAUAACUGAUAUUUGAUGGCCUUUACCCCAAAGCUCUGUAAAUUAGUAGUAUAAUGCACCCCUAAGUAUAAUUCAUAGCUGAAAUCAAGGGGUUUGAGAUUACCUAUGUAAGGGCAGUUUUAUUUUAACCCCAGAAAAAUUACAGUGUACUUGCCCACAAAUUACAGACAACCUUUCAAAGAACUAUUCUAAAAUAAUACUGCAGCACUCCUGUUGAAAACAUAACUAUUGAACCAAAUGAAAUAAAUACUCUUAGUUCAUUUUAGUCAUGUGUUUAUUUAGAUCUAACUCAGAGCAGUGGCUCAGUGUGGUUACGAUGGUGAGGACGCUGGGCUUGUUGGCUGGAAAACUGGCAGUCCUGGUUGGAGAUCUGAGCUGCACGCAACAAGGUGAGCUCCCUUUCCUUGCUCAGCUCCUGCCAAGCUAGCAGUUUAAAAGCAUUGAAAUGCAAGUAGAUAAAUAGGUAUCACUUGACUGGAAAGGUAAUAGCACUCUGUGAUGUCAUGCUGGCAACAUGACCUCAGAAAUGUCCUCGGACAGUGUUGUGGCUCAAUGGCCUUGAAACAGAGAUGAGCAUUGCCCCCUAGACUCAGCAAUGGCUAGUUGAGUAAAAUCUUCCCCUCUCCCAUUGGAAAUUUGCUGUCUAAAAUAUUUCCACAACUUAUUUAUUGUUCUUCUUGGGAACAGACUUGUAAGAUCUCAUAUAGGAGUUCAGUGAUUAUCAAUAAAGAAUUGAAUCACCAUGCAGAGUCAGAAAGAAAUAAGGGUCGGCUAGCUGUUUUAGUGAGCAUAGUCUAGUUAUCUCCAUGAUGAAGAACGAUUGCAGGAAUUGGGUUUGUCUAGUUUAAUGGAAAAAAAUAGCUGGGAUGAUAUCAGUCGAAAAGGGGGUCAACCUCUUCUCCAAAGCACCUCAAGACUGAACAAGAAGCAAUGGAUGGAAACUAGUCAAAGAGAGA